CGGACGUAUUAUCAUAAAGUCAUUUAAAUGAAACGUUGAAAAGAAGAAAAUAAUGGCAAACUAACCUUUUACCAAUGACAAUAUUGUGACUGUGUUUACAUAUUUUGCUUAAUUAAAAUUGGUAAGCUGUGAUUUAAAUAAAGUACAAACAUGGCUGGGUCAGCGUUGCGCCGCCUGAUGGCCGAAUAUAAACAACUUACCUUAAACCCGCCGGAGGGUAUUUUAGCGGGGCCCGUGAACGAAGAGAAUUUUUUCGAGUGGGAAGCACUCAUAACAGGCCCGGAAGGCACGUGCUUUGAAGGAGGCGUCUUUCCCGCCAAAUUAACGUUUCCGUCGGAUUACCCGCUGAGCCCGCCAAAAAUGCAGUUCACUUGCGACAUGUUCCACCCGAAUAUUUACGCGGAUGGACGCGUCUGUAUAUCGAUACUACACGCGCCAGGAGAUGAUCCAAUGGGUUACGAAUCAAGCGCGGAGAGGUGGUCUCCGGUCCAGAGUGUGGAGAAAAUUUUAUUGUCAGUCGUUAGCAUGUUGGCAGAGCCCAAUGACGAGAGCGGGGCCAACGUAGAUGCGGCGAAAAUGUGGAGGGAGAACAGGGAAGAGUUUAAUCAAAUAGCGGAAAAAUUAGUGCGAAAAACAUUGGGCAUACCGACAUAGAACUGA